AUGAGGAGAGUUCCAGUCUCCAUGAUAACAAAAGAUAGACGUGGAAAACUGCUGUCUAAAUACAUGGAGCCACAGAAUCUAACAGUCAUCUCAGAAUUCCUCCUCCUGGGCCUUUCUGAGGAUCCAGAACUGCAGCCCCUCAUUUUUGGGCUGUUCCUGUCCAUCUAUAUGAUCUCUCUUUCUGGGAACCUGCUCAUCAUCUUGGCUGUCAGCUUUGACCGUCACCUGCACAUUCCCAUGUACUUCUUCCUCUCCAACCUGUCCUUGGCUGACAUCGGAUUCAUCUCCACCACAGUCCCCAAGAUGCUAGUGAACAUCCAGACACAGAGUGAAUCCAUCACCUACGUGGGCUGCCUGACACAAGUGUCCUGUUUUUAUCUCUUUGGGUGUCUGGAUAGUCUCGUCCUCAGUGUGAUGGCUUAUGACCGGGUUGUGGCCAUCUGUCACCCCCUGCACUACACAGUCAUCAUGAACCCCCGCCUCUGUGGCUUGCUGAUUUUGCUAUCUUUUACCGUCAGCUUUUUGUUCUCCCAGCUUCAACUUUUAUUGGUAUCACAAGUUACUUUCUGCACAGAUAUGAAAAUCCCUAAUUUCUUCUGUGACUCUCCUCAACUCUUUAAACUUGCUUGUUCUGGCGCCUCCACAAACAGCAAAUUAUCAUAUGGUAUCGGUGGCAUCAUUGGUGCUGUUCCAGCCUCAGGGAUCAUUUUGUCCUAUAUACGAAUUGUUUCCUCCGUUCUGAGAGUCUCAUCUUCAGGUGGGAGAAUUUAUCAUUCAGGAGUGAAGAAUGAAAAGCAUUAUGAAGACUUUUUAAUACUGAAAAUUGGUGAAAAUAGUUAA